AUGGCUUCCGACGACAUCCCCUCAAUAAUCAGCCCAACAACAAUCCUCUCCCUCCUCUCCACCCUCCUCAUCCUCCUAGCAGCCUACCUCUCCUCCCUCGCCCUCCUCCCCAAAAACUUCACGCCUCAAACCCGCUUCCUCUUCAUCUGGCACGCCUUCGACGCCUUGAUCCACUUCUUCCUCGAAGGCAGCUACCUCUACAACUGCUUUUUCAGCUACGCCGUCGUUGACCCCGCUGAUUUGCUCUCGGCUUCCGCUUACUUGCCGCCGAAUGUCUACUUUCUUGGACAUAGUGAUCGAGUGUAUGGAUCGGAAUAUGGGAGUAAUGUCUUUGCGAAGUUGUGGAUGGAGUAUGCUAGAGCGGAUAAGCGGUGGGGAGGGUCGGAUCUUACGGUUAUUAGCCUCGAACUCCUCACCGUCUUCAUCGGCGGUCCCCUAGCCCUCUACAUCUGCCACUCCCUCCGCAAAAACUCCCCCUCCGCCUGGUUCUGGAUGACCGUGCUCGCGACCGCGGAGCUCUACGGCGGAUUUCUGACCUUCGCGCCCGAGUGGCUGACGGAGAAAGUCGGAUUCGAGAACCUAGAUACCUCCAAUGCCAUGUAUUUGUGGAUAUAUUUGGUGUUUUUCAAUGCUGCGCUGUGGGUGUUGAUUCCGCUGUAUAUCUUGCGGGAGGCGUAUGGCAGGAUUUGUGAGGGGUUGAGGGUGAUGGCACUGGUGGAGGGGGGGAAGAAGAGGGUGUAG